AUGGCUCUACCCUCAGUGUCAAAAGCUAGGACAUUGGGGGUGGCCAUGACAGCAGCUGACAGUCUCACCGGGCAGGAAGAGUCGGGGCGGCGCGGGCGGCCCGGGCGGCCUCGGGCGGCUCAGGCGGCUCGGGCGGCGGCACGGGCGGCUGGGCGGCUCGGUGGCGGCUCACGGGCGGCUGGACGGCGCGCAGGGGAGCUCACGGGCGGCUGGGCGGGCGGCCAGGGCGGCUCACGGGCGGCGGCGGUGGCGUCGGCGGCUCACGGGCGACGGCGGCUCACGGGCGGCGGCGGCGGCGUCGGCGGCUCACGGGCGACGGCAGCGGCAGCGGCAUCGCGGCUCACGGGCGGCGUCGGCGGCGUCGGCGGCUCACGGGUGGCGGCGGCGGCGUCGGCUGCUCACUGGCGGCGUCGGCAGCUCACGGGCGGGCUGAAGGCCCACGGGUGGGCGGUUCGCGGGCAGCGCCGGCUCACGGGCAGGCGGCGUGACGGGCGGGCGGCGGGAACGGGCGGCGGCGUCACGGGGGGGGGGGGGGGCGACGGGAAACGGGCGGCGGCGUCACAGGCGGCGGCGUCACGGGCGGCGGUUCACGGGCGGCUGCGUCACGGCGGCGCUCACGGGCGGCGCUAA